AUGACAAUAAAUGAAAGCUAUGGAACGAGAAACUCAGCCAGAGUAGACGAGCAUGCCGAUCAACUGGCCAGGAGAACGUCACUAUCAAUUGAAACUGAGACAGGGGGAGGGUUCAAGGAUGAGAAGGAUAGAGUGGGAAGGAAGAAGCAAGAAGUCAGAAGUGGGAAGAUAGAGGGUGCACUCCAUGGCACAUCUAUAUGCUCUCUGGGACUAAUCCCAGCUCGGCGUUUGGACUCGGGUUCUUGCUUCAGCUGGAUGAAGCGCUUUCAUAGUCAUACGCAACUAGUUAGACUGCAACAGGUUAAUUGA